AUGGCCCGCACUAAGCAGACCGCCCGUAAGUCCACUGGUGGCAAGGCCCCCCGCAAGCAGCUUGCCUCCAAGGCCGCCCGCAAGAGUGCCCCUUCUACCGGAGGUGUCAAGAAGCCUCACCGCUACAAGCCCGGUACCGUCGCUCUUCGUGAGAUCCGUCGUUACCAGAAGUCCACCGAGCUUCUGAUCCGCAAGCUCCCUUUCCAGCGCCUCGUUCGUGAGAUCGCUCAGGACUUCAAGUCCGAUCUCCGCUUCCAGUCGUCUGCGAUCGGCGCUCUCCAGGAGUCCGUGGAGUCCUACCUCGUCUCCCUCUUCGAGGACACCAACCUGUGCGCCAUUCACGCCAAGCGUGUCACCAUCCAGUCCAAGGACAUCCAGCUCGCCCGCCGCCUUCGUGGUGAGCGUAACUAA